AUGGCUCCCGAGAUCCUGAACAACCAGAGGUACGGCCUGAGCCCCGACUACUGGGGCCUGGGCUGCCUCAUCUAUGAGAUGAUCGAGGGCCAGUCGCCGUUCCGGGGCCGCAAGGAGAAGGUGAAGCGGGAGGAGGUGGACCGCCGGGUCCUGGAGACGGAGGAGGUGUACUCCCCCAAGUUCUCCGAGGAGGCCAAGUCCAUCUGCAAGAUGCUGCUCACCAAGGACGCGAAGCAGAGGCUGGGCUGCCGGGAGGAGGGGGCGGCGGAGGUCAAGAGGCACCCCUUCUUCAGGAACAUGAACUUCAAGCGCCUCGAAGCCGGCAUGUUGGACCCGCCCUUCGUUCCCGAUCCCCGGGCCGUGUACUGUAAGGACGUGCUGGACAUCGAGCAGUUCUCCACCGUGAAGGGCGUCAACCUGGACCGCACGGACGACGACUUCUACUCCAGGUUCUCCACGGGCUCCGUGCCCAUCCCCUGGCAGAACGAGAUGAUAGAAACGGAGUGCUUCAAGGAGCUGAACGUGUUUGGACCUAACGGUACCCUCCCACCAGACCUGGACCGGAGCCACCCUCCGGAGCCACCGAAGAAAGGGCUGUUCCAGAGGAUCUUCAAGCGCCAGCACCAGAACAAUUCCAAGAGUUCACCCAAUUCCAAGACCAACUUCAACCACCACAUCAACUCCAACCACGUCAGCUCCAACUCCACCGGGAGCAGCUAG